AUAUACUCACACACACACACACACACAUACUUCUCCCCCACCUUUCCACUUUCUCCCGUGCAGCCGAGGCGCUUUUCCUCUCCAAAGACUGUCUCCAGAAGCAUGUCCUCAGACAUGCAGCCACGGUGCGAUGAAGCGGACCAAAAGACGCCACCAGCAUGACAGCAUGAAAGCAGUGGCCAUGGCUAUUAACCAUGAACCUGGAGUCAGACACGCCCUUUGCUAUCUUCUGUCAAAAUGAGCCUCUUUCGUGCUACACUGAACACACACUCUUCGAGUAUGCCAUCCAAUUGCAAGAAAACCCAACGGACUGCUUAGCACCCACUGUUCCAUCUGAGUAGGAGGUGGCAACAAAAGACCAAAUGCCAUGGAUGUAUUCAAUUUCACGUACUGGAAUGCCUCUGAAGGCAAUGACACAGAAGUUGUGGAAGAGAGUAAAAGCGCCUACAAGACUGUGGAGGUGGUGUUCAUCGUGUUGGUGGCCGGUUCCCUCAGUUUGGUUACAGUUAUUGGAAAUAUCCUGGUCAUGCUUUCCAUCAAAGUUAAUAGGAACUUACAGACCGUCAACAACUAUUUUUUAUUUAGCCUCGCAUGUGCUGACCUAAUUAUUGGACUUUGCUCUAUGAACUUGUACACAGUCUACAUAGUAAUGGGGUACUGGCCCCUGGGCCCGGUGGUGUGUGACUUGUGGUUAGCUUUGGACUAUGUUGUCAGCAAUGCAUCUGUCAUGAAUCUUCUCAUCAUAAGCUUUGACAGAUAUUUCUGUGUCACCAAGCCCCUCAGCUACCCUGUCAAAAGGACCACCAAGAUGGCGGGAAUGAUGAUUGCAGCAGCAUGGGUCCUGUCUUUCGUCCUCUGGGCACCAGCCAUUCUCUUCUGGCAGUUCAUUGUUGGUGGGCGGACAGUGCCUGAGAAGGAGUGCUACAUCCAGUUCUUCUCUAAUGCUGCAGUCACUUUUGGCACUGCCAUUGCCGCCUUUUACCUGCCUGUCAUCAUUAUGAUUCAGCUCUACUGGCAGAUCUCCAGAGCGAGCAAGAGCCGUGUGAAGAAGGAUAACCGCAAGCCGUCAGGAGCCAAUCCAGAGCCCCUGUCGCCUGGCCAGAGAAGGAUAAACACACCAAAACCCAACAAUAACAACGUUCCAGGGGAGGACACAGCUCGUUCCCAGAGCCAGAAUGCUGAUGGAGCUAACCAGCAUGACCAGCAUGAUGGAAAACUGCAAAAUGGCAAGGGACCUUCCUCGACCUCUGCUGAGGGAGAAGCCGAAGGUGACGACGUGGCAAAGGAGAACUGCACUCCUGGAGAGGAGAAGGAGAGCUCCAAUGAUUCAACAUCUGGCAGUGUGCCUGCGUCGAUUCAGAAGGAUGAGGAGGCGGCACCAUCCGCCGCUAACUCCAGUGCCGAGACAACCCAGCCACUCCCACGUCAGCGAGCCAAGGCAGGGGGCUCCAAGCUGACCUGCAUCAAGAUCAAGACUAAAUCGCCCAAGGGUGACUGCUACACGCCAUCCAACGCUACCGUUGAGAUCGUCCCAGCCUCAGAGCGGCAGAAUCACGUGACGCGGAAGAUUGUGAAGAUGACAAAGCAGCCUCCCAACAAGAAGAAGAAAAUGCCACCUUCACGGGAGAAAAAAGUUACCCGCACCAUAAUGGCCAUCCUGGUAGCUUUUGUUGCCACCUGGACUCCUUAUAAUGUGAUGGUGCUUAUUAACACCUUCUGCUCCAGCUGUAUUCCCAACACAGUGUGGACUAUUGGUUACUGGCUGUGCUACAUCAACAGCACCAUCAACCCGGCCUGCUACGCUCUGUGCAAUGUCACAUUUAAAAAGACAUUCAAACAUCUUCUUCUCUGCCAAUAUAAAAAUAUCAGGUCAGCCAGAUAAAUAUGGGCCACUUAGGAGGAAGAGUUGAAGUAUAAGGUGUGUGUGUGUGUGUGUGUGUGUGUGUGUGUGUGUGUGUGUGUGUGUGUGUGUGUGUGUGUGUGUGCGUGCGUGCGUGUGUGUGUGUGUGUGUGUGUGUGUGCAUGUCAAAGACUGCAAGAGUACAUUUGAAAUUACUUUCCACUGUUUUAUCUUUUUGUUUUUUAAUUUCUCUCUCAAUAACCGGUUGUAGCACUUUACACAAGUUCAACUGAUGCCAGUUGCGUUGAGAUGUGUCGUGCAGAAGCAGCAUAGAUUAGUAAGGUUGUGAAAAAUUCAGUUUGACUCCGAGUUGUAAGCUAAAAAAAAAGAGGGUGUGUAAAACAGGGAACACUUGGGAGUGACACUGAGCCGAUAGAAAAUGAGAAAAGAUAAAGAGUGGAGGAAGAUCUGCGCUGUACGAAAAUACAAGACUUUAAAUGGGAAAAUAGGGCUGACUGAAUUUACAAACCCAAGAAGUUUAAAGUUCAGUGGAGAUACCUGUAGAUAACUGUACAUAUCAGUGCAUACUCAAUAUUUAUGUGGGUGUGCUAGCUCGGAGUAUGUGUGUACGCCCAUGUGUGACCCUCUGCCUGCCUUCUUUCUGUCUGUAUGUGAUCCUCAUCAUGGCACUUCCAACCAGCAACAUGUAGAAUAAAGUGGGGCAGCUUGCGUAGAUUGCCUCUAACGUGGUCACAUCAGGACUGGAAGCUAUCCCAUCUACCAAUGAGCCCCUUUGGGAAUGAGUUGCCAUCAAUACAUAAUAGAUAUAUAAAUAUAUUGAAGCUGUACAAUUACCAAAAAAAUUCUCACUUGCCUCUACUGGUGGCAUUUUAUUCAUGCAGGUGGUAAGGUUGCUUUUAUUUGACCAAAUAUGUCUCAAAAGUUCUGCCUUCACCUUAAUAAAUGAAUGCAAAUGUGUUUGUGCUCACAGCCUUGAAAAUGACAUUUAAAAAAAUCCAACAGCAGCAUGUCUCUCCAUAAACAAUAUCCUGGCUACACAGACCUUUUUAAUAAAGAGAUAGUCUAUCUCACAAGUGAGAAAAUGUUCUUUUUCUUUACAAGAUGUUGACCCAUUAUGUGCCAUAAAAUAGAGAUGUAUUUAUCCAGUAGAGAAAACUAGUAAUUUGGAUCCUACUAGAGAAAUAACCCCCAUUCGAAUUGAAGGAACAGUUCAACAAUUUGGGAAAGACACUAAUUAUCUGUCUUCCCAAGAGUUAGUUAGAGUUGGAAGCAGUGGGGAACUGCUAGCCUAGCUUUGUACAAAAUUUUAAAACAAAUCAGUCCAUCAGCAUCUCUAAAGCUCACCAAUUAACCAGUGUCAUAUCUUGUCUGUUUUGUGUGUAAAAUAACCGAAGUGCAAAAUGACAGGUUGUGGUUUUAUAAGGUUUAUGUGUGGGACUAUUUAUUUUUUGGCAGGGAGCAAAAAUCUGAACUUCUGUUGUCAUCGUUAGGAAAUCACUUCACCCAGCUAAGAAAUAGUCCCUCACGUUUCGCCCGUAGAACCACAACUUGUUUUCACAUUUUUAAUUUGUAUAAAAGAAAACUCACUGAGUAUAGCCUGCCUUGUAUCAUCAUAGACAAUAAUCAAAUAGCUAUAAGAACAACAAACAACACGUGUUAUGACUAAAUAGAGAAAACAAAUGUGGCAUGAGAUUGUUCAGUUGCACUCUUUGAUUUGCCAGCCGAUCAUACCGAAUCAAAUCACGUCAGCUUUUCCAGCUGCUGACAAGAUGGUUUAUUUUAUGGUGGUUAUCAAGAUGCCUAUAUUUACUGUCACUGCGAGGAACCGUCCUGCUCUGUAUGUGAAACAGGUGGCUGGAGCUCAGAGCUGUGGUUUAUUACUGUCUUUGGGAAGGCUUUGGUGGUGCGUGUUUCUUUGGUGUGUGUAGAUGAGUGGGAGACAUCAUACGAUUCUGCUGCUUAGUAGAUUGAUGUCACAGCGUGUACUGUACUCACUGUACUGAUGAUGAUUGUGAAGGUGUGUGUGUGUGUGUGUGUGUGUGUGUGUGUGUGUGUGUGAGAGCUCUGAAGUGGGUGUGGGUAUACAUGCUGAUGUGUGUUUGCUCCAAGAGUGGAGUUUACUUCUGAUCACGGGUCACAACCUUGUGAUUUAAAUAAGGGCUAUUUCCACGUCUUUACUGUACCUGUUUUGUAACCCAUCUCCUUUUUCUUUUUUAGAAAAUUAACAAGCGAGUUAAUUCAGUCUAUGUAAAUCAUUUUAUUCUGAGAUUGGAAAUAAUGAAUAGUUGUGUCUUAUUUCAAUUGGAAAACAAAUGACAAAAUAUCAAUUUCCUGUAAGUCAUGUUCCAUGUAUUCAUGCAUGUCAUCCAUCAUUUCAACCUAUUAGCCCAUUCUCAGUUACAUUAAUGUAUGCUCACAAGUUGGAGUGAUGAAUAUUCAGGAGCAUUUGCCAUUAGGAGGUUGCCACAGUGGCUGGUAGGGGGGCUUUGCAAAGAUUUACGCCUGCACCAAAUAGCUCCUCAAGGCUGUCUACUCAAACCGAGAUCUGGGACUGAUCCUAUAAUGAAAACUCACCAUGAGGCUGAUCAGAUUAUGGGACGAUGUGGAACACCUACAUUUGAGAUUAAAGAUUGCCCAUUACACGCUCAGCUUGUGCUUGCAUGCUACACGCCUAUGCCCCACUUAGUGCUCCACUCAGUCCUCAUCCUGUUAUAGUCUCUACCUCAUAUAUGAGGUCAUGAAUGUAAUGUAAAUAUCACAUAUAUGUAUAUACUGUUAUACAGCUUAACUAUAGCUUGCUAUAUUAUUAAUUAUCUUUCUCCUGCACUCAUUCUAGCCUUCCUUCCUGCUAUGUUCCACUGUAAAGCUCCAUUUGCAGAGCCAGUGCAGGAUAAACAUCCCUGCACAUGCAUUUAAAUUUUCUAGUUGCAGUCACAGAAAUUAAUCACAAUUUUGCAUUAGGCUAGCACACUGACAUUUCCUUUUCGUGGCUGGCAACCUACAGCAACAUGGUAAAUGCUACGGUAAAAUACUAGGCCUCCAUAAACUCUGGAUGCAUCUCCAGCAUGUGGCUGUACAUCAGUGGUGGAAGAAGUAUCUAGAUCUUCUAUCUUCAUCACUCAAAUUAAAGUUGCAAUAUCACAAUAUAAAAAUAAAAGUCCUGCAUUCAAAAUUUUACUAAAAGGCGCACCCUGUUUGACUUUUAAAAGCUCCAGACUCACCCAGAAAACGACUGUAUAGGUUGGUUGUGGAAGCAGCUUAUAAUGACCCAUACUUACGUUUGUUAGGCGGCGACAUCUCAUGGCUGUAAUAAUUAUCGCGAGAACAAACAAGGAAGUAAGGUGACAAAGUAUAAUAUAUACUAUAUAUAUAUAUAAAGUAUAAGAGUGCCAAACUCCGUAAGGACAAAGGUUGGUGUGGUGGCUGUGUCAAUCAAAAACAGGACUUUCACUCAGGAGACUGGAGUUUGCAUCCCGAGUGAAACCAGAAGUCAACAGUCACUUUUUUAAAUUUACCAACUUUUACAGACCUAAGUCCGUGACGUAGUGAAGUCCUCAUUUUAGUUUUACAUGACUCAUUUUAAGCCAAUACCUGAUGUUUUCUAAACGUAAUGUAACUAGUUCUGUUUCACAACAUUAACUAUGUGUUAAAAAUGGUGGCUGUUGCGUUAAAUAGAACAGUCACGUGAUUAAAACUGCCACCACGUUCCAAGUUACGGUCACGUGUUUAAAACGGCCAUCAUGCGGCCGUGAAUACAAGGUCAAAUAUGUAAUUUUGGGAGUCAUUGGCAACCUAUUGUGUCGUGUAGGUAUGAGGACUUGUUGAAAACUCAGCUAAUCUGUUUGUUUCAUUAUGUCUAUGUGGAUAUGGUUUGAUCAGAUUUGAUUGAUAGUGGCCUGGCAACAUAAACAAACAAUCCACCAAUAGACAACAGAUUUUGAUUCAAUAUUUCCUAAUUCUGAUUGGUCCACACACAUUUUUCAGUACAAGUUGGCUACCUAUACAUUGGUAGUAUUUGAGUACAUUUUCUUUCCACCACUGCUGCACAUAAUGUACAUUGAAUGGUCCAUGUUUGUCUCUGCGAGCAGUUUCAGCCAGAACUGAGGCAUCCAUCCAAGUUCGACAUCCAACCAUCCGUCACGGUGAUAAGUAGAGCCAUGUCUGUCUGACAUCCGUCACACAUCUCAGUAGUGGGUAGAGAGCCUUCCAGAAUAUCUGAUUAAUCUUUCCUAAGCUGUCGUUUGAGUGAUACCAGCAGGAGAGUAAGUGGCUCACAGCUCAAGCGGUGGUCCAGGGGUCCCAGUUUGAGCAGCUGCUUAGGUGUUUGAUGGAAGGUGAUGGCAGUUUAUCACCUCCUGGAGCAAGGAGAAGGGGGGGAUGCAUCUAAAAAAGUGCUUAGUGCUGUUAUCUCCACGGCAUGCACUUUAAACAUCAGGAGCAAAGUUCUCAUAAACCGCUUCACCCCCCCUGCUACUGUUGUUGGACAGAUGAGAAAAAAAAGAUGUUCUUGUAUCAGGCGUUGUCAGGGGGGAGGUGGAUGAUGUGGGCUUAUUAUAGAACGAGAAAGGGUUGUUUGUUGACAGCGAAAGAGAGAGGCUGUCGUGCAUGUGAGGGAGAAAGGCGGCUGAUAGCCCCCAAGGUGUACACUUUGUUCAUAUGAAACAGAUAAGCUCGCCUUUGUAGUCAUGGCUACAAGGGGGGAGGACAGAGGAGGGGCUUUGUCAGUGACAAAAUCCAAAGCUAGCAUGUGGACCAUGUUUGGAGAAGUCACAGCCGUUCUGGGCAGGUCAGCCAAGGGUUUUGUUGCAGGAAUUUCAGUGUCCCAGACGAAAGCUGCCGCCUGGUGUAAACACAAUGUGAUAUGGUGCUGUUUACCGUCCCUCCUGCGCUUUUAUUGCAUCUCAUUCUCAUGUUGUGCAAACAGAAUCCACCACCUCUUGCUUUAUUGUUAUGAUCAUAACCUUCAUAUUUUAGGAGUCCAUUCUUAUGCAUAUAUGCUCACGUACAGAACAUACAUUCUGAUGCCCAUCUGUCUAAUAUGACUAGAAUAAACAUUGUCUCCAUUGUAAUCAACAGAUCAUAAUGUGCCGUCAGAGCUAGCUGGGCUCCUCUUCAUACGGCUUAUGUCAAAGGGCUAAACUCCUUUUACGGAGUACACAUGACAUGUAAAGUUUAUCAGAGAUUACUUCAAAUUUAAGUUUUCUCUGGCUUCACUCUUGGCGGCCGUUGCUGAGAUUAAUCUCACCAAUCUUGUGCAGCCUUGCAGAAGUGAAAACGCAGCAGCUUGUGCAUGCUGGGAGAAUUUUAUCAGAGACGGAAAAUAUAUAUAUAUCGCCAGAUUGUACGGAGCAAUUUAAAGUGCCUUAUCCAGAGUAACAUAAACAAAUUGCUCUUUUAUCCUAAAAUCACUGUUGUAUCUUUAGUGUUUCUGUGCUGAAAGUAGAUGGUGCUACAUUGUGCAUAUUAAAGAGCAUGUUAAGCAUUUUUAACUUUUUGGUUACAGAUAUUGUGUUUCUCAGCUCUGAGCUCCCAUUACUAUGAUUUCCAUCUUAACACAGCCACUGUCUGAUUGCAGAGGCAACGGAAGCUUGGACUGAACAAUCUAAAAUCAUCAUCUCAAUGCCUUUUGAAAUAAUUUAUCAAAAACUGUACAGCUGUGACAUAUUUCAAUACUAUCCUGGAGGCACAGUGGGCUUUUUUGGUUGAUUUUCCAUUUUUUCAAUCUUUCAAUAGCAACAGGCUUCCAAAAGACUCACAUAGACACAGCUUUGCAUAGUCCUGGAAUAUGUAUAAAUACAUCAUAUUGUACAUUUUCGAUGACAUUUAGUGAAUCUGUUUCUUUUUAUUAUUGUACAAAGUACAAAUUAAAAUAUGAUCAGUGUACAGCCAGAGAGGUUUUCUUUUGGUUUGAAAUUUAAAAUGUUAUUUAAGAUCUAUAAAGAUGAAUAUUAUGGGUUAUGGAAGUGUUUCAAAGAGAAUAUGAUUAUAAGAGUAGAAGGUAUGUGCAUUUCUGGGGGCAUGAUUUGCUAAGAAAUGGAUUCCUGCUUUGCAAAAUGAGCAACCGAACCAAACCUUUCAACUUCGGAGCAGCAUUAAAGGGGAUAUCAAGAGUAACUUUUGCAGCCAGAAAGGAGAAAGGGGAGAAAAAAAAGGGCGAACCUGGAAACCUGGAGGAGGAAAAAGCUAAAACUAGUUUCCAGUGACCCAAAGGCCCAGAAGCAAGGGCUUCAUUUUGAUUUCACCUGUAAAUGUAUUAGGCCUCACACCUUGUGAAGAAGCUGUCGUCUGCUAUCUUACUGGACACACUUUAUAACUUUCGCAAUUUUAACAUCCUGGGGAAAAGUUCUUUUUUUGUGUGUGGAGCAACCAGUGGGUUGAGGGUUGAGCUAUUUGACCCUAUCUGAACUUCAAGGGUCACAGUUAACGUGGAUUUAAAACAAAAUCAGCAAACAAACAAAAAAAAAAAGAAGAAAAAAAAAUCUGUAGCCUGCUGCAAGUGUUAAAUGUACAUACAAAUGUUCAUUUUUCAUUUGCUUAUGUAUGUAGAUGUCCAUUGUGUAUUCACUCACUGUGGCUUGUGGCUUCUCUUGCAAUAGGAAAAAUAAAUUGUACAAUCUAUUGUUUGCAUUGUAUAUAUCUAUAUGAUAAAUUAUAUGUAAUUUGGAUGUGGUACAUUUGAAAUGUACAUACACGUCUUUAAUAGCUACUAUCUGAAUGUUUCCUCCCCGAAAGAAUCCCUCAUUUAUUCCCCCCCCCCCUCCCCCACUAUGAUACUUCCUGUACAGUAACAAUGGUAUUGAUUUCCUUUUUGAUGCAUUCUUGAUUGAUUAUUUGUUCUGAACAAUGAACCUGAGUGUUAUUAUCACUGGUCCCCUAUGACAUUGUAAGAUGAACUGCAUUAAGUGGUUACCUUGUGCCAUAUUCUCUCAGAAUGAAAUUCAAAUAAAAUACUGUAUAUGAAAUGUG